AUACAAUAAUAAAAUUUCCGACAAAUUCUUUCAGCGAAAGCUUCGUAGCACCUAUUAGCGUGUUUGCCGGUGGAUUGAAAAAACUGACAAAACUUUCGGACCCACCUUAUAUAAAAGGACGAAAGCAGGCGAAGCCACAUAUGCAGAAUGGUAGCACUUGGAGAAUACUUCUUCGUCACAGCGUUAUGGUUGUGCUCGAUGUUUGCGAUUUCUUCACAAACACCAUGUGCCAAUUACCCUAAUCACACAAUUGAUUCCAACGGUAGAGACCUGAUUCUAAAGAUUCACAAUCAAAAAAGGGUGGCGACAGCUACAGCUCAAUACAGAAACGGUGCCAACGCUUUCAAGAUAAGACACGCGAAGAACAUGAUGGAAAUGAAGUACGACUGCGAAUUGGAGAAGGCUGCACAUGAUAUAGCAGUACAGUGCAAUGGCGCAGAAACCCCCCAAACGUCACUUACUACCGAGGGCGAAAAUUUCUUGAAAAUUGACAAAGUGUACUCAGAAAUAGGAACGGCAUCAAACGCUAUUUACACAGCAGGAACCAAGUGGUUCGACGAAAUUACGAAAAAUGGCAUCAACCAAAAUAUAGACUUCACCCAAUACUUCGCUAAUAAGAAGCCUACUGUAUACCAUUGGUCACAAAUGGUUUGGGCGAAGACGUAUAAAAUUGGCUGCGAGAUAGCGGACUGUGAAGAUUUGAAGAAUAAGCAGUACACCAUCGUAGUGUGUCGCUAUAGCCCUAAAGGAAAUGUCGUCGGAACCAAAGUAUACCAACCCGGCCAGAAACUGGAUUGCACAUAUGGAACAUCCGUAGGAUAUCCUUCUCUUUGUGCAUAUCCUCCUUUCUCAUAA